CGAGGCAAGGGUUUGCGCCCUGGAAGCGCUGGAUCUAGGUGGAGCGCGCUCGAGCUGAGAUUCGGGCGCCCUAGGUCAGUUCUCUAGCUGCGGGAGUGCGCAGAUCGAAGCCGCGCUAGAUCGAAGAUGCUGACGAAAUUCGAGACCAAGAGCAAUCGCGUCAAGGGCUUGAGCUUCCAUCCCCGGCGGCCAUGGAUCUUGGCCAGUCUCCACAGCGGCGUCAUCCAGCUAUGGGAUUACCGGAUGGGAUCGCUGAUAGAUCGCUUCGACGAGCACGAUGGGCCGGUUCGCGGCGUCCACUUCCACAGAUCUCAGCCACUUUUCGUCUCGGGAGGUGAUGACUACAAGAUCAAGGUGUGGAACUACAAGACGAGGAGAUGCCUGUUCACGCUGCUGGGCCAUUUGGAUUACAUCCGGACAGUCCAGUUCCAUCAAGAGUAUCCUUGGAUCGUGAGCGCCAGCGACGAUCAGACUAUCAGGAUCUGGAACUGGCAGUCCCGGACGUGUAUCUCCGUGCUCACAGGCCACAAUCACUACGUGAUGUGUGCCUCGUUCCACGUCAAGGAGGAUCUCGUGGUUUCGGCGUCGCUGGAUCAGACUGUUCGUGUGUGGGAUAUCAGUGCUCUACGCAAGAAGACUGUUUCUCCGGCCGAGGAUCUUCUGAGGCUCACUCAGAUGAACAGCGAUCUGUUUGGUGGCGGUGAUGCGGUUGUCAAGUAUGUGCUUGAAGGCCAUGACAGGGGUGUCAACUGGGCUUCCUUCCAUCCGAGCUUGCCUCUCAUUGUCUCUGGAGCUGAUGAUCGACAAGUCAAGUUGUGGAGGAUGAAUGAUACGAAGGCUUGGGAGGUGGACACCUUACGAGGUCACGUAAACAACGUCUCCUGCGUCAUGUUCCACGCUCGCCAGGACAUUAUCGUCUCGAACUCGGAGGACAAGACCAUUCGGAUCUGGGACAUGUCGAAGCGAUCUGGCGUGCAUACUUUCAGGAGAGAGCACGACCGUUUCUGGAUUCUUUCGGGCCACCCUGAGAUGAAUCUACUCGCAGCGGGACAUGACAGCGGCAUGAUCGUGUUUAAGCUGGAAAGGGAGAGGCCGGCGUAUACAGUCAGUGGAGGGGUGCUGUACUACGUCAAAGAAAGACAUUUGAGGACUUACGAUUUUGCCACCGGGAAGGACAACCCCCUGAUCGCCAUCCGGAGGCCUGGAUCUACUGGGAUGAACCAAGCACCGAGAACUAUGUCUUACAAUCCAGCGGAGAAUGCCGUGCUCUUGUGCUCCGACGUUGACAACGGUUCUUACGAGUUGUACGUCAUAUCGAAGGACAGCAUUGGCAAGAACGAUACUCAAGAAGCAAAGAAAGGCAGUGGAUCAUCGGCUGUUUUCGUGGCCAGGAACCGGUUUGCAGUUCUAGAUAAGGCUCACAACUUGAUUGUAGUCAGGAAUCUCCGGAACGAGCUCUCGAAGAAAGUCGACGCUCCGGCACCAACAGUAGAUGCAAUCUUCUAUGCGGGAACAGGAACUCUUCUCUGUCGCUCAGAUGACAAGGUGAUCUUGUUCGACAUCCAGCAAAAGUCGAUUUUGGGAGAGAUCAACAGCCCGCAGGUGAAGUACGUGGUGUGGUCACAGGAUAUGGAGGCUGUUGCUUUAGUGAGCAAGCAUAGUAUCGUCAUGGCAACGAAGAAGCUAGCUCUUAAGUGCAGUGUUCACGAGACAAUUCGUAUCAAGAGUGCUGCAUGGGACGAAACAGGAGUGUUCAUCUAUACGACGUUGAAUCAUAUCAAGUACUGCCUUCCAAAUGGAGACAGCGGCACCAUCAUGACUCUGGACGUUCCCAUUUACAUCACUCGAGUUGCUGGAGACAAGGUUUACUGUCUCGACAGGGAUGGAAAAGUGAGGACGAUCACCAUCGACACUACAGAGUUUACGUUCAAGCUUGCAUUGAUUCAGAAGCGUUAUGACCGAGUUUUGGAGAUGAUCAGAAGCUCCCAACUUUGUGGACAGGCGAUCAUCUCGUACCUCCAGCAGAAAGGAUUUCCAGAGGUGGCCUUGCACUUUGUCAAGGAUGAGAGGACGAGGUUCAAUCUGGCUAUCGAGUGCGGCAACAUCGAAGUGGCAGUCGUGUCAGCAAAGGAAAUCGACGAGAAGGAUUACUGGUACAGGCUCGGAGUGGAGGCUUUGCGACAGGGAAACCAUGAGAUUGUGGAGUACGCUUACCAGCGGACGAAGAACUUUGAGAGGCUGUCGUUCCUCUACUUGAUAACUGGUAACUUGGAGAAGCUGUCCAAGAUGCUCAAGAUCGCAGAGAUGAGGAACGACGUGAUGGGAUGCUUCCACAACGCCUUGUACCUGGGCGACGUCGAAGAGCGAGUGAAGCUACUUGAGAAAUCGGGACACCUUCCUCUUGCCUAUGCAGCGGCUAAAGUUCAUGGUCUCGAUGAGGUGGCGGAGCGUUUGGCCACUGAGCUGGGUGAUAAGGUUCCACAGAUUCCGAAACUCGAGACGUCGAAGCUGCUACUGCCGCCGAGCCCAAUCCUCCGUGACAACAACUGGCCUUUGCUCCUGAUCAGCAAAGGCUUCUUCGAAGGCGCCUUUGCUGAGCCGGGGGUGGUAGACCAAGAAGAAGAAAACGCCCCGGAUGCUUGGGGCGACGAGCUCGUCAUACCCAGCGGAGAUGCUCAAGCUGGAGCUGCCGAGGCCGAAGACCUGGAGGAGGCCGGAAGAGCUGGUCCUGGAGCCGAGGGCGAGGAGGAAGGAGGAUGGGAACUGGAAGACUUGGAACUUCCUCCGGAAGUGGUGCAGUCGCAAGCCUCGCCAGUCGAGUCCCUCACAUAUGGGCUCGAGAGGAACUGGUCGGACUCGUCACCUCCAAACGUCCGAAACGGCCCGGCACUAAUCUACAAGCUCCCGGCGCUGGAAGAUCGAGCAAAGCAGGCGUACAAGGCGACAACUGAGGGGAAGUUUAGCGAAGCUCUCCGCCUCUUCCUGAGCAUCCUCCACACCGUUCCAGUGAUCGUGGUGGACAGCCGCAAGGAAGUUGACGACGUCAAGGACCUCAUCGGCAAGAGCAAGGAGUACGUCCUUACGCUCAAGAUGGAGCUCAAGCGCAAGGAGCUCAAAGACGAGCCGGUCCGGCAGGCCGAGCUCGCGGCCUACUUCACUCACUGCGACAUCCAGCCUUCUCACAUCCGGCUGGGACUCCAGUCGGCCAUGGGGGUCGCGUAUCGCUGCAACAAUUUCAACACGGCGGCGCAGCUGGCGAGGCGAUUGCUGGACAUGAAUCCAAGCCAGGCCGGCAUCGCCAAGGCGAAGCAGGUCCUCCAGGCGUGCGAGAGGAACCCCCGCGACGAGAACAGGAUGAACUACGACGGCAGGAACCCGUUUGUGGUGUGUGGAGCGACGUUUACGCCCAUCUACGCGGGAAGCAGAUCGGUGUCGUGCCCCUACUGCGCUGCUCGGUUCGUCCCCGAGGUGGCCGGGCAGAUUUGCAGCGUCUGUGACUUGGCGGUGGUGGACGCUGAUGCGUCCGGGCUUGUGUGCUCCGCGACUCAAUCGCGAUGAGGUGGAAGAACAUCAUGAGGACUUUGGCUUUCUUUUGUAGUACCUUCUUCGUGAAAUAAUUUAAUGAAAUACUGUACCAGAGUAUAUCAAGAAUAGUUAAUGAGUGCAAGAUUGUGCUAAUUAUUAUUCUAUAUAUUAUCAUGGAGAGCAGCAACUAUAUUGACACUGUUAGCA